UAGAGUGCAGAUGCAUGAAAACAGUUACAACAGCUGGAAUACAUCAGUCUGUGUUCAACAACAGAGCAAGCAGCCGCGUCAGCAAGAAACAAGAUGAAACUCUGCGUACUGAUUGUGUUUGGGACCCUGCUCGUCCUCAGCCACGGGAUGCCGCCAAUCAGCCGUGACUACAACACCCACUGCCGGUGCCUGCAGGUGGAGUCAAGGAUCAUCCCUCCAGACACCCUGAGGAGCAUCAAGCUGUUCCCUGAGGGGCCUCACUGCCCGGACACAGAAGUCAUAGCUGGACUGGCAAACGGAGCAAAGGUUUGUCUGAACCCUCAUUCUGCCUGGGUGAAGAAGCUGAUCAACUUCUUUCUGGAGAAGCAGCAGAUGGGAAUGACCUCCAAGAAACGGGCAUAAAUCCUGCAGUUGUCUGCAGCUACCUGACCACUGAGCCAUGACUGAAGCCAAUAUUUAACCCACUUUUUCUUUUUUUUUUUGCUACUUUAUUUUAUUUCUACUGAUUGUUUAUUUCUGAAUAUUUUACACCAAUAUAUGGAACAACACUGAUUUUAGAAAAAGAAAAGCUUCCUGUUUUCAGGGUGUUAAAGGAAAAAAACCCACCAGUCAAGCGAUUGUAUGAGCAGAUCUUGCAUGUAGCAUUAAAUAUGUAGCACUGUAAUACGUAACACUUCCUUUUUUCUACUUCCUUUGGUGAAUCUUCUUGAUCAGCAGCAACAAAUGAUUUAAUGCUAAAGAAACACUCAGAUCAAUGCAGUUAUUGCAUAAUGAAAAUUAAGUUGCUGCAAAGAAAAUAAAAAUGUUUGAAAACUAAAA